UGUUGUUGUUCUCUCGCGGCGGGACCGCCUCAAUCAGUUCGCCCAGAGACCACGAGUUGUUCUGGUGGGGAGCAGGAGGUCGUAUACUCUUCUCUCGUGUCCCCCAAGCUGUGUCAGGAGCUAGAGCAAACACCCGGCGUUUGGUCUCUGAUGCCUUUCAGUGAGGAGGGGGCGUCCGGACCCUGGUGAGUGCACUCCAGGGGCCCUCCUCGCCGACUCGGUGACUUCGCAGCCCCCCAGGCCCGCAUACCCCACUCUGGCUGCCAUGGCUGAAAAUGCAGAGGGAGACCUGAACUCCAACCUGCUGCACACCCACUACCACACCGGGGACCCUCAGCUAGACACGGCCAUCGGGCAGUGGCUCCGUUGGGACAAGAAUCCCAAAACAAAAGAGCAAAUUGAAAAUCUGUUACGGAAUGGAAUGAACAAGGAACUUCGAGAUCGUCUUUGUUGCCGGAUGACCUUUGGGACUGCAGGACUUCGUUCUGCCAUGGGAGCAGGGUUUUGCUAUAUUAAUGACCUUACAGUAAUACAGUCAACACAGGGAAUGUACAAAUACCUUGAGAGAUGUUUCUCAGACUUCAAGCAGAGAGGCUUUGUCGUUGGGUAUGACACCCGGGGUCAAGUAACUAGCAGCUGCAGCAGCCAGAGGCUUGCUAAACUCACUGCUGCAGUCUUGCUGGCUAAAGAUGUUCCUGUGUACCUUUUUUCAAGAUAUGUUCCUACACCUUUUGUACCAUAUGCAGUUCAGGAGCUCAAAGCAGUUGCAGGUGUGAUGAUUACUGCAUCUCAUAACCGCAAGGAAGAUAAUGGAUACAAGGUUUAUUGGGAAACUGGUGCCCAGAUCACAUCUCCUCAUGAUAAAGAAAUUCUGAAAUGUAUAGAAGAAUGUGUGGAACCCUGGAAUGGUUCCUGGAAUGAUAAUUUAGUGGAUACCAGCCCACUGAAGAAAGAUCCUCUACAGGACAUUUGUAAAAGAUACAUGGAAGAUCUGAAGAAGAUCUGUUUUCACAGGGAAAUAAACUCAAAGACCACCUUGAAAUUUGUUCAUACAUCUUUUCAUGGCGUUGGACAUGACUAUGUACAGUUGGCUUUUCAAGUGUUUGGUUUUAAGCCCCCAAUUCCGGUACCAGAACAAAAAGAUCCUGAUCCAGACUUUUCUACUGUUAAAUGCCCAAAUCCUGAAGAAGGAGAAUCUGUGCUGGAACUUUCUCUGAGACUAGCAGAGAAAGAAAAUGCCCGUGUCGUCCUAGCCACAGACCCUGAUGCAGACCGACUGGCAGUGGCGGAACUUCAGGAAAAUGGUCAUUGGAAAGUUUUCACAGGGAAUGAGUUGGCCGCUUUGUUUGGGUGGUGGAUGUUUGAUUGCUGGAAGAAAAAUAAAUCAAGAAACGCUGAUGUGAAGAAUGUUUAUAUGUUAGCCACCACAGUCUCUUCUAAAAUACUGAAGGCAAUUGCAUUUAAAGAAGGAUUUCAUUUUGAAGAAACAUUACCAGGUUUUAAAUGGAUUGGAAGUAGGAUAAAAGACCUCCUGGAAAAUGGGAAAGAAGUCCUUUUUGCAUUUGAAGAGUCUAUUGGUUUUCUGUGUGGAACUUCAGUUUUGGAUAAAGAUGGGGUCAGUGCAGCUGUUGUUGUUGCUGAGAUGGCAUCUUACCUUGAAACCAUGAACAUAACACUGAGACAGCAACUGAUUAAGGUUUAUGAAAAGUAUGGUUAUCAUAUUUCAAAAACUUCAUAUUUCUUGUGUUAUGAUCCACCUACCAUCAAAAGUAUAUUUGAAAGACUUCGUAAUUUUGAUUCUCCAAAAGAAUAUCCAAAAUUUUGUGGGGCAUUUGCUAUAUUGCAUAUACGGGACAUUACCACUGGAUAUGAUAGCAGCCAGCCUAAUAAGAAAUCAGUGCUGCCUGUGAGUAAAAACAGCCAAAUGAUUACAUUUACUUUUCAAAAUGGUUGUGUUGCUACUCUUCGGACAAGCGGAACAGAACCAAAGAUUAAGUAUUAUGCAGAGAUGUGUGCGUCACCUGACCAGAGUAACACUGCCUUACUGGAAGAAGAACUGAAGAAACUCAUUGAAGCUCUGAUUGAGAAUUUUCUGGAGCCCAGUAAGAAUGGACUGAUCUGGCGUUCUGUUUAGGUGUACACCAGUACAUCUCAUUACUUUGCACUGGCAUAUGAAACAGAACAACCAAGAACUCUGUGCAUUGAACCUUGUGUUAGCACUCUGUCUCUCUCAUUGGGCCAAGUAUUUUUUCCCUUUUUGUUAAACUAAACACACUGUAUAAAUGUGAAAUGAAAUGGUCUGGGUGGAAAUGACUCAAAUUUUUUCAUAAUCUUGAACAAGAUUACAUUACAUUAAAAGUAUUGUAGUAAUACGUCAUUCUUCCUUUAACAGAAACAUAACAAUAUAAAAGCGAGUUUUCUUGUUAAAGUCCGAUUAAGCUUAGUUCCAUAUUCUUGUAGUUGUGUAUAGCAUGGUUUUAAAAAAAAGCAGGUAAAUGUUAUAUAAUUGUAGAGUUAGUUAAAUAAAGUCAGUGAGAAAAUGGCACCGCUCCCAGACCACUGUAGUAAAGUGUCAUUGUUAUAUCACAGGUAUUAAUGUACAAAUUAGAGUAUUUAAAAUAGAAUAUUUAGAAUUUCUCAUUUAGAACAGAUAUUACAAUAUGUGGUUUCAGCAGCUCUGUUUCAGGUGCACUUGGUUCAGUAUGUAUGUAUCUAUUUACAAUUCUGACGUUUAUUGAACAUAAAAAAAUAGUGGCAACACUCCUAGUGACUUGGUUCUUGUCAAAUUUCUUAGUGCCUUCCCAGGGGUCUGAUAUGAACUGAAACAAUGUUCCUGCAUUGGAUAUAAUUUAAUUAGUUAAUUUUUGACCAGUUAAGGAAAAUCUUCCAAACUACAUAGGUGCCUACCCUCUAUAUCAAAGGUUCACUUAUUUAAAAAAGUUUAAUGUAAAUCAAGAUCUUAAUAAAAGCAGACUUAAUGUAACCUUAAUUAGGGGUCUUCAUGUAAAAAUUAACUGUCAAUUAUCAUAACCUUUAAGUAAAGAAAAAAAUCUGAACUGAGAAAGGAGCUCUGAAUUUAUAUAGAAGUCCAACUUUUGACUUAUAUUUUUUAAGUAGCUUUAUUUCUUUAUCUGAUGAAGUAAUGAUAACUUUACUAAAAAAAUAAAACAUCCAGAUUUAAGCAUUAUGAAACACUACCUGUUUUAAAACUAAGGUCCAGUUUAUUCUAACAUCUUGCUGGCUUCUGUAGAAUUUGUGAUCACAUAACUACUACUUUUUUAAUGUAGAAAAAUAUUUCUUGGAAAGUCAUGUUGUUUGAUUGUGCAGUCUUCUGAAACAGACUUAAUAGAGAAGGGCUGUUUGGUCUUCUUAAAAUGUAUCCUGUCCUGUAGGUCACAGUGUACUUAAACACAUGGGAUGUACGUACUUAAGAAGUAACAAGAACAAGGCCUUGGAUAUAAUAAAGCUAAAUGAAUUGCCUGUAGGAGAUAGCACUGGUAUUAGAGAAUUUGUUUCCAAAAAAGAAAUUAAUAUAAAAUUUGAACUGAUUAGAAUGUUCAUUAAAUCAUGGUUUGGUUGUCACAGCUGUCAGCUAAUAUUUGGUUCAGCUCAUAUAAUCCAAAUAUAAUUUUCAACUUACUGUGUUGCCACUAUUGUUAAUUUGUUCCUUUCUUACUUUCAUAAAGCUCUGUCAUGUAGGACUGUAGAUAAUAGACAGCUAGUUAAAUGCAGAGCAUCAUUUUUCUGAAUGGGCUUGUUUUCAGAGACUUUGCACUGAAGAAGAAAUACAUAGAAUUUUUUGGUUUAUCUGCUUUUAAGAAUGUAUAUUGUAAUUUAAGAAAUGGCCUGUAUUCUACAGAGUGGUGUGAACAAUGCUAUAUAUAUAUGAAAAAAUAUGUAUAUUUGUUUUUUAGUGUCUGUGUUUUAGUGACUGAAGAACAGAGUGGAGCUAAAAUGAUUACAACAGUCCAUUCAUCAUCACUAAAGCCAUGUCAUGAUUUUCAUUCUAUUAUGAAGAAAACAAGGAGCCCUGGUGGCACAGUGGUUAAAUAACUUGGCUGAUAACUGAAAGGUUUGCAGUUCAAACUCACCAGCCACUCCACAGGAGAAAAAUAUGGCAGUCUGCUUUCAUAAAGACUACAGCCUUGGAAACCCUAUGGGGCAGUUCUACUCUGUCUAUAGGGUUGCUAUGAGUUGGAAUGGACUCAAUGGCAAAGGGCGGAACAUGAAUAAAACAGUUUUAUUUGGGUACUUUAAUGUAAUGCAAUAUUUUGGUUGUCUUAAUCAAGGUGAAAAGUUGUUGAAGCUUGGAAUAUUAUUUCAGAAUUUAAAACUCCAAAGUUAAAAUUAACAGAAGCUUACUAAAUGUUCUUCAAGUGUAUAGACUGAAGGAAUUAUUUGGUUCUAGCCAAGCUCUGGAGUCUGUUUGAGUGUGAUAUUUAACAAGAACUUGACAUAGUGUGUGCACAGUGUCUAACAGGCUAAAUUCAGUGAUCACUCAAGCCAGCUAGGAGAGACAAAAGUGCUGGCAAGUAAGUAUCAGCCUUGGGCACUGCAUCAUUUCUCCUUUUCUUUCAUGAACAGUAUCGUGGAAAUGAAUGCUUCCUCACUGAGUGUGUAGAGCAAAACUGGGAUUUUCUAGAGCUUUUGGGAAAAGGAAAGAAUUAGUGGGGCAAGAUCAAAGCAUAUAUUGUAGAUAAACAGUAGAAAUAAACAAUAGAAAGGUCAAUAAGGCAACAGGAAAUGCUUUUCAUGAAGGGCAAACCUAUCACCCUAAAAGUAGGGAAUAAACCGACUGAGUUUAAGUUGUUUACUUGUGUUGAUUUGUUAUUAUGAUGAGUAGAUAGUGAGCCUAUUGUUUUCCUUUAUUAGUGAUCAUUGAAAAGAGGGUGAGUUUUAGGAGAUGGGAAAAAGUACUCUUCUUACGGAUUCAGUUCAUGCUAGGAUGUUGUGUCUUAGGAUCAUAUGAGAACUUGGGAGGGGAUAUAGCAGAAAUAAAUAGGAAUAAAAUAUAGAUUGAAAAAUAAAACCUCUUAAGAAACAGUUCAAGGAAUUAAGAUCAUUUAACUGAAGAGGAGAAAGCUGUUGAGAUAGUUUAAUAAGUCUCAUGUUAUUAAUUGAAGCUGUUAUUGAAGAACCCAGAGUAAGAAGUAAUAUGACAAACUGUUAUCCAUCUCCAGUGAGGAUGGAACAAGAAGGAAUAGGGAAUUAAAAAAUAAAUAAAUAAAGUGGGGUAGGGGGGAGCAUCAUGAAAAGUUCACAUUCAGAUUUAAGAACUUCUUGAACAAGAAUUGUCAUAAAAUCUUCUAUCUGAAAUAUUUUUUUUUAAUUAUUUAAUGGAAUUAAAUUUUUAAAUAUUAAGGGAUAUACUAAAUGGCAUUUUAAGUUUCCUUUUCAGUACUUUUUUGAAACUUUGAAUGAAGAUGCUAUAAAGAGCACUGAAAGUAACAUUUGAGUUUCACUCCGUAUCUAUAAGAAUUUAGCUCACAAAAUAGUUUUUGUAUAUUUUCAGUAGUGCAAUGCAUGAGUGCAAUGAAUAAAGUCUUGCUGGGAUGUUAUUUUUAAUUUAACCUGGUGAAUUAGGAGACUUGAACACAAUUUUGUUCAUCUUGAAGAAUGUAUAGCAUUGUAGGACACUUGAGGUUUCUGUUUUAAAUAUAAAGUAUUAUUACUUGGAUCUAGUAACUUCAGCAGACAGAGAGGCUCUAAGAAAUUGGAUACUUUGGAAUAUCUUCUUAAGCAGGUUGCUUCUGGAACUGAUGCAACAAAGGUAUUAGCUGGAGUUUACUGGAGAAAUUGUAAAAUGAACUGCUGCUAUUGGUAUUUCUAUCAGAUGUUUUCUUGAUAUUUGUGAUGCUUGAAAAAUCCAAAUUCCACUUGGAUACAUUUAAUUUUAUGCCUUUUUCUCUCUACCUCCCUUUUUUCCUA